UAACAUACGGUCAGUGAUAUAAAUAAUAAGCCCGCAGGUUGCGAAGUCGAUUAAUAAUGCCUUCAGGUCCAGACAGGUGAACCAUCGACAGGGAGCACUCUUUACUCGAUUAGACCGCACUCUCCGUACAAGUUUGUUUUAAAAUGGCGGCAGAAGCAUCGACACAGGUAUGAAAUCUUAACGAUUCCGGAGAAACUUGAGAAAUGCGCUUGCUUCUAUGAUUCACAAAAGAGCGGAGAAGCACUUCCUGUCCUGCUGUGAUGCCGGGAAGGCUAAACCAACAUGUCUCUCUCAUUUUAAAAAGUGUUGGUUCCAUUUGAGGAAGCGCUCGUGAAAUUAGUGAGUUGGCGUCAGCGGCAAGUGCACUUGGCGAGCAAGUGCGGUUCAACACGGCGUUUGUGUGUUCACUGGCCGCAUUCCGACUGAAUUCCGGGGAAUUUAUUCGACAACAAAUGAGCUGACUUCAGUGCUGUUCGUUUGGGCGAAGCUCCGCUGAGGAGGCUGGGAGUUGAUGGUGGUGCAGCACUAGUCACAGCAUCAUCAUGGACCACUCCGGCCAGCGCCUACCUGUCACCCACCUGUAGCUUUAACCGGCAGCAUGGCCAACACGGCCCACGACACACAGGACCGGAGGGAGAACCACUGUGUUAUGCCUGGAGGAACCAUAGUGGAGAAUGGCUCUGUGGUCAAAGACACGACGGCCUCUCACCUAAAUGAUCACAUCAGCAAUCACUGCCAUGAGGCCAGAGCGGCCACAUACAGCAACGCCGUCCUGCCCAUCUACAAGCCAUCCUGCUCGCCCACUACUGUCUGUUAUAGCAGCCCACAGAAAAGUUACCCAGACCUGGAGCCAGACAACCACAGCCUGACUUCCCAGGACUCUGGUAUCCCCACUCUGGAGAUCAAUCCUCCGGAGCCCUUCCUUCACAGUCACCAAAGGCAAAGCGACGGAGGCCUUAUGCUGGAAUCAAGUCACGACACCCCCGCCACAUUACCUCUGGACAAUGGUCCCUCUGAUGGCACCACUGUACGAAAAUCCUCCACCUUUCCCCGCAGUGGCUAUGACAACAUCCGCCUCUUUAGCCCCACCCUCAGAUUAUCCUCCACCAUGGGAGCUGGUGUUGGGGGCGGAGCAUUAAACCGUAGUGAUGACAUCUCUGUGUGCAGCGUGUCAAGCAUGAGCACAGAACUGUCGGUCUCCAACGAAGACAUCCUGGAUUUCACAGUUACAUCUGACUCCAGUGCGAUUGUCACUUUGGAGACCGCCGACAGCAGCACUAACCACUUUUCAGAAGUGGUGUUGUCGUCUUCAGCGGGAACCUCCAGAGACUUAUGGGCGGCAGAAGUCAUGCAGAAAGAAGAGGAUGGGAGGCAGAGAAAAUUGGGACCAUUAGCAAGUUUAUUUGCAAGGAGCCUGUUUGCCAGGAGAGUGAAGGAAAAUCAGCCUGUGGAGCAGAAGGAUCCUGGGUGGAAGCUGUUUGGGAAAGUCCCACUUCGGGAAAGCCCCCUCAAAGACCCUAAGAAAAUACAAAAGGAAUAUGAAACAAAGAGUGGCAGAGCUGGAUCUGGCAACCCAACAUCUCCGAGGCAGAGUGUGAGGAAAAACCUGGAUUUUGAGCCUCUCUCCACCACUGCGCUGAUACUAGAAGACAGACCUGCUAACCUGCCUGCCAAGCCAGCUGAGGAGGCACAGAAACACAGGCAGCAGUAUGAAGAGAUGGUGGCCCAGGUUAAGAAGAGGGAGUUAAAAGAAGCUCAGAGGAGGAAGAAGCAGCUGGAGGAUCGAUGCAAGCUUGAAGAGAGCAUUGGCACAGCAGCUCAGACCUGGAACCAAGACAUCCUGCCUAAUUGGAGUACAGUGUGUACAUCUCGACGAGUGAGGGACCUCUGGUGGCAGGGCAUCCCCCCCAGUGUCAGAGGGAAAGUGUGGAGCCUGGCUGUGGGCAACGAUCUCAACAUAACACACGAGUUGUAUAACAUCUGUCUGUCCCGGGCCAAGGAGAAGUGGAAGAGCACAGCGACACUCUUCACCGAGACUGAAAGUGAAGAUGUUGGUUCCUCAGACAGAGAGUCAAGUCUCGAGCUCAUCAAGCUGGACAUCUCAAGAACUUUCCCACAACUGUGCAUCUUCCAGAAGGGUGGGCCCUAUCACGACGUGCUGCACAGCAUUCUGGGAGCAUACACUUGUUACAGGCCUGAUGUUGGCUAUGUGCAGGGAAUGUCCUUCAUCGCUGCUGUGCUCAUCCUGAACCUGGACACAGCCGAUGCCUUCAUAGCUUUUGCCAACCUGCUCAACAAGCCCUGUCAGAUGGCCUUUUUCAGGGUUGACCACAGCCUUAUGUUGACGUACUUUGCAGCAUUUGAAGUGUUCUUUGAAGAAAAUCUACCAAAGCUAUUUGCACAUUUCAAGAAAAACAACUUGACACCUGAUAUUUAUUUAAUUGACUGCCACUCACUUUAAUUUUUCUCACAUUCCUUUGUGUCCUCCAUGUUUUUAUUUCCUUUUGAUCUGAGUUUGCUUUUCAUUGGCUUGUAAUCAGGACCAAAUUGUCACCUUAGCUGUUCCAUGAAGACAACUCUUCUGAACAGGGGGAGUUUUGUAGGUUAUAAUCCAUGAAGGUAUGACACAAAUGCACAUAAGAAAACGUGGUGUGUUUGAGAGCACCGCGUUACAGUUAAUGAAAUGUUUUAGUUCAUUAGAAGAGGUCAGAAGCUGCCUGUGUCAGCGAGACUGGAAUAAAUGAGGUAAAGUGUUAGAUGUGGAUUUCCCCUGUAUUUAAUAUAUUUGUGGUACAUUAAUUUGCAUUAAUUGAUUAGCUUUUGUUAUGAUUUCAGAUGUGUUGGUGUGAGUGUGAAGUCUUUUGUUCAUUUAUUUAGUAUAUUUAAGAAAAGGAUGGAUUUGGUCCAGACAAAUGAAGGGUUGUCGUUGAGCUUCUGGCUGCACAUUUGGAGCACUUUUAAUCUCUUUUUAAACACAUUCUAGAUUGCAGGCUGUAACUUGAGGGGCAUUGCACGCAUUUGGCUGCAUAAUUUGCGUGAAUAUGAAAGAUGGAAAAACCAUCUUUUUGGACAAUAGCAAUCACUUCACUGAUAAUGACAAAGUUCAAAUACUCUGAACGGUUCAGAACUUUCCACUGUAGUUAUUUGACUUUGCAUCCAUCCUGGUACACUGUCCCCACCGGCAGUUGCCCUGAUUGCAU